AUGCCGCUACGCAUCUCGCGCACUUGCCUGGCACUGGCGACAAUUAACUCCCCCGUCCCAUUUCUCUACCAGACCCGGACACUCACAGCGCCGCUGCGCUAUGCAAAAUGGAAUGCCCGACAGAGCCGAUCACUUCAGUCGACAUCGACUACCUUCACCACACCCGAAUCGAGCCUAGGUAGAGGCGAAGAGACUGUUGAUGAUAGUGAGAGUUCUGAAAAUGCCACAUCUGAUUCUCCCUCCCAAACCCCGAACAAUGAUGGCCGUCGAUCCCGAAAAAGUUACCUGCAGAGGCGCGCAGCCACGGUCUCACAAUCCCGCCCGCCCUCCUUGCGACCACGCCAAAAGGCACUCACGAUGACACGCACCGAGAGGAAGGCGUUCGGUGAUCUGCUGGAGCAGCUGGGUGUGGAGGAGAAGCAUGAUCCGGAGUCAGCUACGGGGGGACCACAGAAGCCGGCACUAAGCGACGAGGAACGAGACGAGAUGGCUCAGAUCUCCGCUAUCUUUGACUCUGUGCUUGAGGAUAUUCGGAAGAGAAAGCGGCGCUCUGCACCUUCAACGGAGAGUGCCGGAAUCCGCAAGCCGGGGACGGAGGUGGAUGAGCCCGCGUCGACUUCGGAGCUGGGGCCCCAGGAGCAAGCGGGUGACUUGAACCCUCCCGAGCUGCGCAGUGAUGAUCCUGUCUCUAUCGAGCGGGCCAUUCAAUUCACUGUGCAAAGGGAGUCGGCGAAGAUCGAGCGCGCGCUCCGUGCAGCGAUUGACGAAGGCAAAGGGGAUAUUGGGAUCUGGGAAGUGUGCAAGGAGAGAGUAUUCUCGAUGCUACGAUAUCUCGGAGAUAGCCGAUUACCGGAGGAUAGUGGCGCCUCGACGACAAGCUCAGAGGACGAACGAACCCGAAUCUCCCACAGCCCUCUGGAGGUUCCGGAAUCCGUGCCUGUGGAAGCAGUCGUCACGGUACUCUACCCGAAGAUGCUCCUCGUGGCAUUCCGCCUUCUCAACUCGCACUUCCCGGGCUCGCCCUUGAUCAGUCAAUUCCGCUCGACGAUCAAGUCGCACGGCAGGACCUCAGCGGUGCUGGGAAGUUCGACGGGUCUGUAUAACGAGCUGAUCUACUUCUACUGGCGCGGGUGCAAUGAUCUACCCGGUGUUGUAUCGUUGCUGAAAGAAAUGGAGACUACAGGGGUGGAGCCGGAUGAGCGGACCUGCGGGCUGCUCAAGGCUAUCUCCGAGCAGCGGGAACGGGACGUCAAAUACCAUUGGAAACGGGCGCGUCGCGAGGACCAGAAUCGGAGUUCGCUCCGUGAUCCGUGGUGGGAUAUGGCGCCGAAUCGGACAGCCGUGAGGGAGUUGUUUGGGGAGGAUGGGUGGUUGCAGCGACUGGAGGCGCGUGUGGAGGAGAUUCGAAAUCUGCCGAGCUCGACGAGAUUACUUGCAGAUAGGUUUAAUCUGUAG